UAUUCGAUUUUUGCGUUCAUCACUGUACUGAGCACGACCCGUUGAGCGCAGACUCGCGAAUCAUCUCGCAAUACACAGGAUAAGAAAGAUCCAUCUCCUCAGGAGGCUGGGCACGGGAGUAUUCUUUUGCUAUCAACAUUAUCGAAAGCAGCUGUAGUGCAUUUGUUAUGUAGUGCAUUUGUUAGACCGUUUGCAUUCAUCCCAGUUUCUACACUUGUUAUCACCUAGGCAUAGCGGAAGCACCAUCGUCCUAGCAACCUUUAAUUACAAACGCUAACACAAGCACAAAGCAUGGCGGUUGGAGGGCGUGUUACAGGUCGUCUUGGUUACGGGAACGGGUACUCCGAUGGGCGUUCUUACGCAGGAAUCAACGAAGAAAUUAUGUACGUGAGCAUAGGAAUGGGAAUCAUCAUUGCCAUUCUGAUUUGCAUCGCGCUGUGCUACAUUGCUCGGGAGAAUUGUAAAAAUAAGCGCGAAUAUUACAUUACGGCCUAAACAUGGGGUGAUUCCGGCCCAGGCGGGGCGGCGGAGUUUACCCUGAUCAUGUGUUGUUUACAGUUAACUUUUAUCUAUUGCUUUAUAUUCUGCUGUUUUACGCUCAAUACAUGGUCAACCACGGUCCAGGCUCGGUGCAGGGCUCGAGCUACACACAAAGAAAGUAAUACCGGUCCGGAACUCCGUUCCGGUCGGAAAGUAAACUCGUGUUAACGGAAAAGUCUGUUUGUUGCAAAACAAUAAGUACAUAAUACGUAUAUGUUCCUUUUAUACAUUAUACACAGUUUGUGAAAUGUAGACGUCUAUUUUGAAAGUUAUAAUGAAUAUAUUAAUGUAUACAAACAGCUACGAGAAAUGGAAUGGAAAUGCAAUGUUUGGAGUAGCUAAACUCUCUAGUUUGUAAAUCGAUCGUCAUGGAUCGAUGGCUGAAGGAUUACAAAAUGUACUGCGUUAGUGAAACAUUGUACUAAUAAAAUCAAAAUGUUUACGGCUUUA